UCGACGACACAAGACUCGACGACAAAAGACUCGACAGAAAGAUCCCGUACCAGAGCUACCCGUUUGGAAAAGCUAAUAAAGAAGCUCGGGGAGCCUAAAUUCAAACCUGAGCUGGUACCUCUACUAGCCAAGUGGAAGAAUGAUCCAAAACAAUUCUUCGGUGACUGGGGCCUCCAGCCCGACAACGCCCGGGAUGGACUGGAUCUCACCUCUUCUCAUGGUGACAGCGUUAUCAAGGAGAGACUAUUUUCAAAAAUGGUCCAUGAAAUUAGAGCGCUUGCCUGUCGAAAGCUGAGUGACAACAUCCGCUGGGUCUUUUCUACAUUAUUCUUUCGUGAUCUCUUGUCCCGAUACUUUAAGGAACGGCACGACGAUGGCUUUUUCCCUCGGGGGGUUACGCUCAAUAAAAAAUGUACUCAAGUUUGUCAGGACUUCGCAAUUUCCAACCCUGACCAGAAGCUGGUUCAAGACAUUGGAAAAUGGGCAAAAGAAGGGCACAUAUUCCAUCAGGUCGGCCAAGUGUUAGGAGACGGCGCACUGAUACUGCUGGCGGAUCAUAUUACGCAAGAUUCAUGGCAGGGAAAUCUACCCAAGACGAAAAAAGGCAUGAUCGAAGGCAUUACACCCCUCAAAACCCUAGUUGGUGAUGAAGUCAAAAAUUAUGAUGCCGAUACAGUGGCAGAAAGCAUCAGAAACUUUCAGAUGCAGCCGCACAAGUGGUUAAAGGAUUCUUCAAACCAGAAGAGGGAGGGGAAGAGGAGGAGCGGAGAAUCACAUACGUCAGUUAGAGGACAAACAACGUUGGGGCAUCGGGAAGCCCCAGACACUUCGGCAGAGGCUGGUGAAGAGACUGAGAGCGGCCACACUGAAGCCACAUUGAAUGACGCGGCGUUAGCUUUUCACACGCCUACUAGUCACGAAAGUGCCCAGAAUGAAAAUAUCGCUGGACUCGCCGGCCAAAACACACGGAUCUCGUCAAAGGCACGAUCACAAAGGGGAAAAUCGCGACGAAUACCGGCCAGUGCCUUCGAAUCCGCUGCAAAUUCCGACGAUCAACCUAGAACCCUCUCUGCAAGUUUGGAGCCCAGGAUCGCGAGGCGGAUGCCAUCCACAGACGAAAGUGACGCACACCAGCAAUCACCAAGGAGGAGCUCACAAGCCGGCUCUAUGGUAUUAGCCAUAGAAUCGGCCACAGAAUCGAAUCUGUCGGCUAAUCCUUCUCGCUCCGACGCAUUGGCUCCAAGCGCUGGUACUGGCGAAACUGAGGUUGAUAUCAGGCCGGAGAAUGAGGAGGAGGUUAGAGAAGCCAAGGCAGGCGACCUUCGGAUGGCAUAUCAGGAUACGACCCCGCUCUCUCAAUCUUUCGAAAAUGAAGCAACGGUAUCGCAUGAAGGCCAUGAAAGCGUCAUGGAAUAUCACAUGCCUUCUUCCUCCGAGACAUAUACGGCGCAGACAAAUGGAAGCAUCGAGAAUAGUCACGAUGCAAUGACAUCGGCUCUCACCACAAUCCCUUUUUCGAAUCCCAGGAGCUAUGGCAGUAAGGAGACUGGUACCACGACAGUGACAGCUACUCGCCAACACACCUACAACUGGUCUCCACAUCCUGAAGUUCAACAGGUUCUAUUCUCCCUACCAGCCCUCCACACUGACUUGAACACUGGAAAUGGGGCUCCAGCGCUGUCACUUGACGUGGUAGAGGAUGUGGCCCUUCCUCCAGCCACAACGGUGCAAAGUUCUUCAAACAAGAAGAGAAAGAGGCCAGUAACAGAGGAGGUGAGAAGCGAAGCCGGGGGUACUGCCCAGCAUCCCUGCGACUGGUCCCCACAACGUCAAAUCACACUGAAUCCGCCGGUUUCCAUACUCGCUUCUCGUAUGAAUUUAGAGACAGGACAUGGAUUUGUGAUGAAACCAACGGUGAAUCUUCUUUCCGAAGAUGCGACGCGGGCCGAGCUGGAAACUCAUGCGCCAUUUGACGGAACUGCUUCCUUCAAUUUUAACCAUAUAGUCGACAGUAACGCCCGCACAGAAGCAACGUUAGCCAACCGCACAACCAUAUUUUCGAAUUUUGAGACCCACGAUGGUGAUCACACCAAGAGUCUUGCGGGAGAAGCCAGGGUCAAAGUUAGGGAUUGCCUCGUACUAAACACUCCCCAUGAUGACCACACCUUAUUGCGAGAUAUCAACACAUUCGAUCUCAGCCAAUUUGCGGCACCGACGGUCGACCCCUUCGACCCCUUCGAUCUCAGUCAGCUUGCGGCACCGACGGUCGACCCCUUCGACCCCUUCGAUCUCAGUCAGCUUGCGGCACCGACGGUCGACCCCUUCGACCCCUUCGAUCUCAGUCAGCUUGCGGCACCGACGGUCGACCCCUUCGACCCCUUCGAUCUCAGUCAGCUUGUGACACCCGCUGGUGAUACUUUUGAUGAAAGGAUGUUAGCCAACUUGGACGGUCGAGCCUUCGAGCAGAGUGCAUUCAAUACGUCUACAAACAGCGCUUCUGGUCUCAGCAUGUUUACCUACCAGCCACUGACGUCCUCGAUUUGAACACAUCUGACAUGCCCACUAAUGACGUCUUUGUCACGAGGCUGCCAGAUCACCGUUCAGACCAAAUUUCACCUAUAGGC